CGCCGCGGUAUCGACAGCUGACAUGUGCAUGCGUAUGAUUGGGUUCACCGACUGUGUGUGAUCGAUCCCUUCUCUGUGCGGUCUCGAUGAUUAUCGUUCUUGAAGAUAGUUAUCAUAAUGUGUACAUUUUCACAGAGGCAGUAGUAGCAGCAGCCGACAAUAUGGUAAAGUGUGCUGGUUAGUCACGGCAUGCAGACGACAUAUUGUUUAUUGAAUAAAUGUCGUACCGGAAGAGCAGGAAAUGGAAGCUCCACCCCCUUCUUACCACGAAGCAGUGAAUUCUGAACCUUCAGCCUCGUCGUCAUUCACAACUUUUCCGUCCCCAUGUCCACCUGAAUCAAAUGCGACAGGUGGACGCGUUUCUGAACUGUGUGUCUGUCCACAGCACGGUAUUGUGCCUCGUCUGAAUAUGUGUAUAUGUGGAAGAGACACCCUACAGGGAGGUGCAAUACAAACAACGUCAUGCCAACACUGCAGCAACUACGUCAUUGUUCAACGUCAUUUCUUAAACACUCAUGCUCCAGUUAGUGACGCAAAUAUUCAUUCACAAACCCAAAGAAAUGACGCAAUUAGUGAAGGACAGUGUGAACAACCCAUGUCAAAUGACAUGACUGUACAUUUUGAUUCUGCAAAAGGAAUAGUGAGUUCCCUUGUGUCAGCCGAUGUAGAUGUAGCAGAGCAUGAACCGAUGAUAUCCGAUGCAAAUAGGGUGACAGGAACUGAGGAAGACGAAGAAGAGGCAGAGGGCGCAUGCGCCAAUUGUAACACCGGUUCAUUUUGUGCGGCCUCGUUUUUAGCCAUCUUUGUUAUCAUUCUGAUCACAAUCUUCACUUUCUUUUUAACGUGACAUAUCAAUUAAUUUAUGUAACUACAUGUACUUUGUUAUUCUCCGGCAAAACUAAAGAAAUGGGCUUGUUCGUGAUAAUUUGUACUCAAAUUAGGUGCAAUUUCUCUUGAUAAGUAUAAUUCAUUGCAGUUUAUUUGUUAUGACUUGUUUACUUUGUCAUGCUGUUCUAAUGUAAUAGUUCUCGUUACUCUUAUUUUGAUAUCGUAUAUUGAAGAUUAACCAUCCAUGCUGGUUGCUUUAUUGCAAGGUGCAUUUAGUAAAUUAUUUUCGUAGAUAUUC